UGAAGCAUCACUCAUGCUCCUAUCUUCUGUCACCUUUUUCCAUGGCUGUGUGCAUGAGCUGAUUGUUAUUUUGCCAUUGGUAAACAUGUUUGUCACAAGCUUAUAUCUGGACCGGCGUAAUGGUGGCAUACAGUGACCUACUUAAAAAAGAGUACUGUCCUACAUAUGAAUUUCUUUUAGUUCGGCGACCUUUAUGAACUCCCGGUUAAGUUUCAUGAUCUCCAGUGUCAUUUGAUGUAUAUAAUAUACCUCUUUGAAGGAACUAAUGAAAGCUAUGCCCUGGUAAUGCACUAGGUAUUUGUGCUUCAAUCAGAAACAUUGGUAAUGUGCCUAAGUCGGGUACCUUCAAUUGUUAAGAGAAUUAUACUGUGGUGCUGUUAUGUUAUAGUAGUAACUUUUAGCCAAAAGAGUGAUGUUAGACUUCUUAAAGGCUCCUGAAAUGAUCUAGUAUCUAGUAAAUCCAUUUUGCUUAAUAUUCUUUCGAGAUCUUUCUUUGGGUAUAUGCUUAUUAUUUGUUAAUCUCAUUAUGCCAAUAGUUUUCUUCAAGUUGCUUUUACCUGUUUAGUCAAGAUUUAACCUUGUGGACAUAUUUUUAAUGAAAUAUGAUAUUCCUCUUUUGUAAUGGCCUGAAACAAAUUGGCAUUUAAUUGCAUAUACUAGUAUAACACUAAAUCCUUCACUAUCCUUUUGUUCUCAGUGUGGCAAAAGCUUGAAGAAGAGAAUUCUGAGUUCUUUCGGGCUUACUACAUAAGGCUGAAAUUGAAAAAACAGAUUAACCUGUUUAACCAUUUAUUGGAACAUCAAUACAAUCUAAUGAAGUACCCAGUACCCCAGCAGGUUCCAUGUGCUCCAAGGCCCAAUGGAAUUCAUCCUAUGCCCGUGCAGUUAACAAUAUGCCAAUGGGAUACCCUGUACUUCAACAACCUGGAAUGGCAGCUCCAAGUCAGCCUCAUGUUAGUCCAAUGGCCUGUUGUCCCCCAAGCAGUCAUGUAGUAAAUGGAAUUCCUGCACCAGGAGGUUAUCAUCCGAUUGUCAUGAAUUCAGGAAAUGGCAUAAUGGAGAACAAAACACACGAAACUGCACAUGCUGCCACAGCGGGCAGUGCUAUGUCCUGUGAGAUGGCUGUGAGUCCAUCAUCUGCAAUGUCAAGCAACAACCAUGUAUCUUUCACUCCAUCUGAGAUAUCAGGGAUGUGUGUGGAUGAGACAGCAGCCAAUGCCACAUUUGGAGCUGAUGUCGGUAACGGAGGGCCUCUGCAAAUUGGACCUGAUGCUGCCGAUGGCUCUUCUUUAGGCGAGCAGAUCUGGGAUUUCAGUCUUUCUGUUCUAUCAGCAGAUUUGACAAAUUUGGGAGACCUGUCAGCUCUUGAGAACUACUCAGGCAACCCUUUCCUGCCUUCAGACUCAGAUCUCCUGCUUGAGUCCCCAGACCAUGAUGACAUUGUUGAGUAUUUCGCUGAUGCCAUCGACGGGCCAUCUCAAUCAGACGAGGAGAAACCAUAGACAGAGAUACUCAAAUUGUUAUUUGGACCAGGCUGCCACUUUCUCUUAGUUUCUUGGCAAGCUGCAGUUCUGUAUUACAUGGACUAGUUUGUUUACCUUAGACAAACUCUAUGUUAGCGUCAAUGCGUCAACCACAUCACUGAAGAAUUUUAUAGCGAAUUCCUAAUUGUUCUAAAAAAUGACGGUGUAGCCUUGUUCGUUAUCUGGGAAACCCCUUUUGUCAUCUCAACUUCUGCAAAUGGUGAAAGUCGUACUUGUGUCUGAAAUGGACAUUUGGUCCCCCUCCCUUUAAAUUAUGACUUAGUUUCA